UUUGGAAAAUCUUGAGACGCGAGCGAAUCUGAAAGAUCGAGCUACAGAAAGAAGAAGAAGGAAGAAGCAAAGCAAUGGCAGCCAUGGGAGCAGGACCAGAUCACCUCUUCAACCUAAGAAACCAUUUCUAUUUGGGAGCUUAUCAAACAGCGAUCAACAACAGCGAGAUCCCUAACCUCUCUCCCGAAAAUGCCAUCGAACGCGAUUGCUUCGUCUUUCGCUCAUACAUCGCUCUCGGUAGCUAUCAGCUUGUCAUCAGUGAGAUCGAUGAAUCAGCCGCUACUCCACUACAAGCAGUCAAACUCCUCGCAAUGUAUCUAUCGAGUCCUCAAAAUAAGGAAUCAACAAUCUCAAGCUUGAGGGAAUGGUUGGCAGAUUCAACAAUAGGAAACAAUGAUACAUUGCGGUUGAUUGCUGGUAUUAUAUUCUUGCAUGAGGAAGAUUAUAAUGAAGCUCUGAAGCACACUCAUGCUGGAAGAACUAUGGAUUUGCUUGCCUUGAAUGUUCAGAUAUUCAUUAAGAUGCAUAGAUCAGAGUAUGCUGAGAAGCAGCUCAGAGUGAUGCAACAGAUUGAUGAAGACCACAGUCUCACUCAACUUGCAAACGCGUGGUUGAACCUGGCUAUGGGCGGUUCGAAGAUACAUGAAGCUUAUCUCAUUUUCGAGGAUUUCUCGGAGAAGUACCCGAUGACAAGCUUGAUCUUGAAUGGCAAAGCGGUUUGCUGUAUGCAAAUGGGUAACUUUGAUGAAGCUGAAACACUACUGCUUGAAGCACUAAACAAGGACGCUAAAGACCCAGAAACUCUUGCAAACCUUGUUGUGUGCAGUCUUCAUGUCGGGAAAUCAUCUUCACGCUACUUAAGCCAGCUGAAACUUUCACACCCGGAACACAUACUUGUGAAGCAUGUGUCAUCAGCCGAAGACAACUUCGAGAGAGCUCUUCAAUCAGUUGCCUGAAGACUCUUCCAUGAUUGAAGUUAAAAGAGGUGUGUAGGAUUGGUUUGCUGUACCGCAUUCUCUAUUAGAACAACCAUACUGUCUUGUCUUUUCGUAAUUAGUAUAUGAACCAGAUUUUGCCAUUGGAUAUGUUAUAGUUACCAUCUUAUUACUUCUAGUCUUCAAAUAGAAAAAUUCCACUUCUUGCAGUCUCAA